GUCACUGCAACCAGGAAACGCAGCAGCUGUUCAAAUGAAACUUUAUGCACAAGAAGGCUACAUGCAAAAUGCACGUUUCACACCGAGUUAGAUGUGACUCAAUGUAGAUACUGUAGUUAUUUUAACAUGACAAGAAUUGGAACAUCUUCUUGUUUGAGAAGCCUGAUUUGUCCAAUCCAUAUACGCAGAUAACAUGUUCAGGACACUGUUUUGCCGACUGAGGAUCCAGAAGCCUUUGGGGAGUAGGACAUGUGCCUAUAGGUUCACUUCUGGCAAUCUGUCGGACCCUAUCAAGCCGCAUGUGAGUCCACCUAGAACUCGACUAGCUCCCUGGACCACCUCAGACUCUGUUCAUAAUUUGACCUGUCACUCAAACACACACGUCCAACAGCAUGGCUGGACUGUCAGACGAGACGGGGAGCGAGAUGUUUGGUAUGCGUCACAACAUUUUAACACCGGUGUUCUGUCAGUAUCAGCUGUCGCUGGUCAGCCCACCUCCACCAGACAUUGGGGUGUCAGUAUACAGAGAAGGCUCUAUUCAACGGCUCCUAUUAAAUCAGUGAUGAAUCCAGUGACCGUGCUUGGAAGUGGGAAGAAACUUCCUAAAGGCCCCAGGACCAAACAACCAUCCAGAACCAAUCAGCCGACCCCAAAGGAGGACAAGGAUAUGAUGCAGUGCAUUGCCUUUGCAACAGCGGACCAGUACCAUUUGCCAACACUCUGCCAUGACCUCAUAGCCCAAGGCUUCUACGAAGUAGAUUUACCAAGAGAUGCCUCAAAUGCACUCGUAAUAUGCACUGACAACGCCCAAAAACCCAGUGACAAUGCAACAAUGUUCUUCUUCAGGGAGGGAUCAGUGGUCUUUUGGAAUGUUGAAGAGAAAACUAUGAAGAAAGUGAUGAGGAUCUUGGAGCGGCAUGAGAUUCAUCCUUACGAGGUAGCUUUGGUCCACUGGGAAAAUGAAGAGAUCAACUACACUAUAGGAGAGGGAAACUCAAAGCUACAACGCGGUAACUUCCUGCUGAACAAUGAAAUGCAUCCUGACGAGGCCGUGCUGGAUAAAUUUGCAUUCUCAAAUGCCCUUUCUUUGUCAGUGAAACUGGCCAUAUGGGAGGUGGCUUUGGAUCACUUUGUGGAGUCGAUUCAGUCAAUUCCAGAGAUGCUGAAAUCUGGGAAGAAAAUAAAGCUGUCCAGAGCAGAGGUUAUGCAGAAGAUCGGAGAACUCUUUUCUCUGAGACACUGCAUCAACCUGAGCUCUGACCUACUGAUCACGCCAGACUUCUACUGGGACAGAGAGAACCUGGAGAUGCUCUAUGACAAGACCUGUCAGUUCCUCAACAUCAACCGCCGGGUCAAGGUAGUGAAUGAGAAACUGCAGCACUGCACUGAGCUGACAGACCUAAUGAGGAACCACUUGAGUGAGAAGCACAGCUUGAGGCUGGAGUGGAUGAUAGUCAUCCUCAUCACUAUCGAGGUGUUGUUUGAACUUGGCAGAAUGAUCUUCUGAAGAGCUUCAUCAGUGACGAUAAAAUACAGAUUAAGGAAAGAAAAAUACUGACAAGAUACCUAUUUUUGUAAGUAUAUUAUGAUCAUAAUUAACAAGACAUUGAAAAGAAGGCUAAGCUUUGACCCCCAAAGAAUGUAUCUUACUGAACAUAAGAAAAUCGCACAACUAUGUUAGACUUACCGUUCGUUAACACUAGCAGCGAUGGAAUGCGAUGAAAUUUGAUUUAUUAGAAUCCCCAUUAGCCAUCGCCAAUGGCUAGUCUUACUGGGGACUGACACAUAACACAAAAAAAAGACUUUACAAUUUACAUAAAUUGAAAAACAUGAACAUGUAGUGUGUGUGCAUCUAUUAGUUACACAUACAUGUCAGUACAUACACACAACAAGUAGGUCACACGGGGGAAAGGCGUUGUGAGGUGUUGCUUUGCAAGAAGUUAUUCAUUUUCAAUGAAAGGAGAGAGACUUGAAGCGAAUUGAGAUAUCACUGUAGAAGGUAUGAUUUUGGUGGGUGGAGUGAGGCUAAAAAGAUGAGAAACGUUCAUGUUUAAGCCAAUCACCAGUGUCUGAGCCACAACAUGUAAAUGAUAGCCAAUCGAGGGAGGAAAUGUCUCGCUAGCUCACUUUGUGACUGUUGGAUUUCUGUUAGCAUGCUGCUCAAAAUAUGUAUCCAAAUGUACUCAUUGAUAUAUAAAUGUUGUUUGGAACUUUUAUAUGUUUGUGUUGAAACUUAAAAUUGUGUAUUGAUUCACUGUACAUAUUUAUUUAUUUGGAGACAUGCAUUUCUGUUUAUGUCUUCAUUCUGGCAAACUGUGUGAUAAUUCAAACAUCCCAAUCCAAUAUCUCAUGAUCCAAGUGAGCCCUAAGCUUCAGGUCAAUUAGAAGAUGCUAAUUGUCUGGUCUUACAAUGUCAAAUGUUAGUCAGGUUCACAAUGUGAUCCAUGAUGAUCUACAGCACUUAAAUGUAGUGACAGCUGUCAUCUCCUGUGUGAAAUUUGUUGUGUGUUUUGAUUUAUAAAAUAAAGUGGAGUAAACUUUAA